GUUGAUAUGCGACUUGGAGUGUAGUGGGAAGAUGACUUGUAGUGAUACCACUCGACUUUGGUAUAUUCACUAGCACAAAGGCUUUGAUAUGAUUACAUAGGUUUGGACUACCUAUUAUGCUGAGUUGAACUAGGUCCACCGUACCAGGGCUAUUUUCUCGCAAUGCAACAUCUUUCCGGUCUCAUUAUUUCCCCUGUCGAUCGGCGUUUGGGCUAAAUCCGACGGAGACCAACGUUAUUCAGUCAGCAUGCAUCAAAGCGGUGACCUUUCUUUCGGCGUGACUCCCAACUGACUUAGACGUUGCUCAUAUAUGUCGCACAGCCUACCUCGCUCGGUUUCAUCAGGCCAGGUAGUAGGUUGACCAUAUCGCAAAUUCAAGGCAGUCAACUCCCUUUAGUGGGCAAGCGCAUGAUGGGUAGCGAAAACUCUCCGAAAGGUCACAGCCAAGGGCUUACGAGUGCUCUUGAGCGACUCACCUGGACGCCGCCAUGGGUUAAAUGGAACCCUGAAGCAAAUCAUGAUCUUAGCUGGACGAUGAACAUUCUGUUUGGACUAACUGCUGCUUUCAGUGUCGCGAACCUAUACUAUACCCAUCCUAUCUUAAAUAUCCUUGCGGAUGACUUCGAUGUGUCAGAUCAACGUUCUUCUCUGGUCCCGACUCUCACUCAAGCUGGGUAUGCCGUCGGGCUUCUCCUUAUUGUUCCGAUCGGAGAUAUAGUUCGACGGCGACCUAUGAUCCUCAGUCUGAUAUUCAUGGCUGCACUGAUAUGGCUUGGAUGCACUCUGACGCAAUCCUUCUCUGUUUUCUUGGGACUCUCCUUUUUGGUCGGGCUCUUAACCGUGACUCCGCAGUUUAUGUUUCCGCUUGCGGUUCAGUAUGCACCUCAGCGACAUCGGGCCACCAUGAUUUCUAUAGUCAUGUCUGGUCUUGUUUUUGGCGUCCUAGUUGCUCGUCUUCUCAGCGGCAUUGUCACUCAAUACACGUCAUGGAGAAACGUGUAUUGGGUUUCUUUUGGCCUCCAGGUGCUUGCCUGGAUCUUCCUCUUCUUCGUGAUGCCCGAUUAUCCCAUCUUGAGCCCUGGGACAUCCUACCCAAGGAUUCUGUUGAAGAUCAUUACAUUGCCUUUUCUCAAGCCUGAACUUACCCAGAACUCGCUCAUUGCUUUCUUGACGAUGGGCAUGUUCACCUCUUUCUGGACUACCUUGACGUUCCAGCUUGCCGACGUCUUCCACCUGUCCACCUUGGCCAUCGGCCUCUUUGCGCUUAUCGGAAUCUCGCCGGUGUUUCUAAACCCGAUCAUAUCGCGAGUCCUGAUAGCACGCCUACAUCCUCAUGGUUCACUCAUAAUCGCACAUCUUGUAACUAUCGCCGCGAUUUGCGUGGGCACGUUCGUGGGGACCUUCUCACUGGCGGGUCCUGUUAUCUGGGCAUUCUUCGGAGAUCUCGGGAUGAACACGAUCAUCGUUGCGAACCGUGUUGCCAUAGCACAUGUCGACUCCAAAGCUCAGAAUGCCGUGAACUCCGUCUACAUGGUCCACACCUUCUGCGGACAACUCUUCGGCACAGCUGUUGGCAAUGCCUUAUAUGCGAAAGGAGGCUGGACGUAUUCUGGUGCAUUCAAUAUCGCCCAGAUCAUAGCGGGUCUGCUAGUCCUUGUUGUGAGAGGACCGCAUGAGAAACAUUGGGUGGGUUGGCGGGGUGGGUGGAAUUUGAGGAAGUCGAAGACCGAGGAAAAGGCCCAAUCUCCCAACGCGCAAACUGAUGUUGAGGCGAAUACUGAAGAAACCACGACGGAAGCGCCUACUGAAAUACCGACGGAGGAUGAGGCUUCUAAAGAAAAGUUUGAAGACCGUGUUGAAAAAGGGGGUGGGUCUGGAAAUAUCAUGUCUUAGGCAGUACCUACCCCUAUGUAGUAUGACAAAUAUUAGGUACUUAGGUACCUUGUAUAUCAGCGGCUAUUUGAAGAGAAAGACGCCACAACUCAGUCGCCAUCGGUUCUUCUUCCAGGUCUGGUCUCGUAAGUAAAGUUUGAUUUAUGUGUGGUGUUGAUUUGAGUUCACGUCAAAAGGUUACUGCCACCUCAUUUCCUUCAGAGAUAAAGUGUGCAUCUAGGGGAAGGUGCAACGAACACGGCGGAUGUAACUUGCUCAAAAGCGUUCUCGUUAGAUUCAGACUUAAACAUACAACAUAAACGCUAAUCGACUCGCU